CUUCGACCUGGGCCUUGGGCAGUACGUCCCCGUGAGCCCGGACGUGAUCAAGCGGCGGCGGGGCGGGCUGAUCGAGCAGAGGGACAUCAUCAAGGCGCAUGAGGCGCACAAGAUGCAGAGCACGCCGCAGGCGCGGAGGAAGGAGUGGGAGAUGGCUCGCUUCGGGGAGGCCGUGGCCGGCAGGCUGGGCUCCGCAGACGGAGGCUCCGAGCAGAACCGGGGCCGGCCAGGAGCUCCCGCGCCCGCGGGAGGCACCCCAGGAGCCUUCAAGCAAACCAAAGCGCAGCGAGCCCGGACUAUGGCUCUGUACAACCCCAUCCCCGUCCGGCAGAACUGCUUCACUGUCAACAGAUCGCUGUUCCUCUUUGGGGAAGAGAACAUAGUCAGGAAAUACGCCAAGAAGCUCAUCGACUGGCCUCCUUUCGAGUACAUGAUCCUGGCAACCAUCAUUGCCAACUGCAUCGUACUGGCGCUCGAGCAACACCUUCCCGAGGACGACAAGACCCCCAUGUCACGGAGAUUAGAGAAGACGGAGCCGUACUUCAUCGGCAUCUUUUGCUUCGAGGCUGGGAUUAAGAUUGUCGCCCUUGGGUUCGUUUUCCACAAGGGCUCGUACCUGCGCAACGGCUGGAACGUCAUGGACUUCAUCGUGGUCCUCAGCGGCAUCCUCGCCACGGCUGGGACGCACUUCAACACGCACGUGGACCUGCGGACCCUGCGGGCUGUGCGCGUGCUCCGACCUCUGAAGCUCGUCUCGGGCAUUCCCAGCCUGCAGAUCGUGCUGAAGUCCAUCAUGAAGGCCAUGGUGCCUCUGCUGCAGAUCGGCUUGCUGCUCUUCUUCGCAAUUCUGAUGUUUGCCAUCAUCGGCCUGGAGUUCUACAGCGGGAAGCUGCACCGGGCCUGCUACACCAACAAUUCCGGUGAACUAGAAGAGCUGGACCCCCCUCAUCCGUGCGGGGUGCAGGGUUGCCCCCCAGGCUACGAGUGCCGGGAGUGGAUCGGUCCCAAUGAUGGGAUCACGCAGUUCGACAACAUCCUCUUUGCUGUGUUGACCGUCUUCCAGUGCAUCACCAUGGAAGGGUGGACCACAGUCCUGUACAACACCAAUGAUGCCUUAGGAGCCACCUGGAACUGGCUGUACUUCAUCCCCCUCAUCAUCAUUGGAUCCUUCUUCGUGCUCAACCUCGUCCUGGGGGUGCUGUCAGGGGAGUUCGCCAAAGAGCGCGAGAGGGUGGAGAAUCGCCGGGCCUUCAUGAAGCUGCGGCGGCAGCAGCAGAUCGAGCGGGAGCUGAAUGGCUAUCGUGCCUGGAUAGACAAAGCAGAGGAAGUCAUGCUGGCUGAAGAGAACAAAAACUCUGGGACUUCAGCCUUGGAAGUGCUCAGGCGAGCGACCAUCAAAAGGAACCGGACAGACGCCAUGAACCGUGACUCCAGUGACGAGCACUGUGUCGAUAUCGCCUCCGUCGGCGAGCGGAGGCUGGCGCAGAGAAGACCUCUUCAUCCAACCUUAGGUAACCCCUUGAGUCGCUCCAACAUCAAAGGUGCCAGAUUGAAUGGUGCUACUUACUUUCGGCACAAAGAGCGACUCCUGCGCAUCUCUGUCCGCCACAUGGUGAAAUCCCAGGUCUUCUACUGGAUUGUCUUGAGCCUGGUAGCUCUCAACACUGCCUGCGUGGCCAUCGUCCACCACAACCAGCCAGCCUGGCUCACCCACUUCCUCUACUAUGCAGAGUUCCUGUUCCUUGGGCUCUUUCUCCUGGAGAUGUCCUUAAAGAUGUAUGGGAUGGGGCCGCGCCUUUACUUCCAUUCUUCGUUCAACUGCUUUGACUGCGGGGUCACAGUGGGAAGCAUCUUCGAAGUGGUUUGGGCUAUCUUCAGACCAGGGACUUCUUUUGGGAUCAGCGUCCUACGAGCUCUCCGGCUCCUGCGUAUAUUUAAAAUAACCAAGUAUUGGGCAUCCCUGAGGAAUUUGGUGGUUUCACUGAUGAGCUCCAUGAAAUCUAUUAUCAGCCUGCUCUUCCUCCUCUUCCUCUUCAUUGUAGUCUUUGCCCUGUUGGGAAUGCAGCUGUUUGGAGGCAGGUUUAAUUUUAUUGAUGGGACACCUUCAGCCAACUUUGACACCUUCCCUGCUGCCAUCAUGACCGUGUUCCAGAUCCUGACGGGUGAGGACUGGAAUGAGGUCAUGUACAAUGGCAUCCGCUCCCAGGGAGGUGUUCGCUCGGGCAUGUGGUCCUCCAUCUAUUUCAUCGUCCUCACCUUGUUUGGAAACUAUACCCUUCUGAACGUUUUCUGGGCCAUCGCCGUGGACAACCUGGCCAAUGCUCAGGAGCUCACUAAGGAUGAGCAGGAGGAAGAGGAGGCCUUUAACCAGAAGCAUGCCCUUCAAAAAGCCAAGGAAGUCAGCCCGAUGUCUGCCCCAAACAUGCCUGCUAUCGAGACAAACGGGGUCCCAGCUGCUGAGCUGGUUGGGACCACCAAAGAGGGCAGCCCCCGGCAGGCCGUGCCCGAGCCGGGCCAGGGCAAGGCCGGCAGCCUCACAGAGCAGGACUGCAGCAGCCUGGACACCAGCGAGCAAGCCCUGCUGGGCAGCCUGCAGCUGGAGGCAAGUCGUGCCGUGAGCAGGAGCGAGCCUGACCUCUCCUCCAUCACCGCCAACACCGAGAAGGCCACAGAGAGCACCACCAUCAUGAUUGAUGUCCAAGACUCCACUGUGGUACAGAUUAGCAACAAGACAGAUGGAGAAGCCAGCCCCUUAAAGGAGGCAGAGAGCAAAGAGGAUGAGGAGGAGAUGGAGAAGAAGAAACGGAAGAAAGAGAAAAGUGAGACAGGCAAAGCAAUGGUGCCUCACAGUUCCAUGUUCAUCUUCAGCACAACGAACCCGGUGCGCAGGGCCUGCCACUACAUCGUGAACCUGCGCUACUUCGAGAUGUGCAUCCUGCUGGUGAUCGCGGCCAGCAGCAUCGCCCUGGCUGCCGAGGAUCCCGUCCUGACCAACUCUGACCGCAACAAGGUACUGAGGUAUUUUGACUACGUUUUCACUGGUGUCUUCACCUUCGAGAUGGUUAUCAAGAUGAUCGAUCAGGGCUUGAUCCUGCAGGACGGCUCCUACUUCCGAGACCUCUGGAAUAUUCUGGAUUUCGUGGUGGUGGUGGGAGCGCUGGUGGCUUUCGCCUUGGCAAAUGCUCUGGGGACCAACAAAGGCCGGGAUAUCAAGACCAUCAAGUCUCUCCGUGUGCUGCGAGUUUUGAGGCCUCUGAAGACCAUCAAGCGCCUGCCCAAGCUCAAGGCUGUCUUUGACUGCGUGGUGACUUCGCUGAAGAACGUCUUCAAUAUCCUUAUUGUCUACAAGCUCUUCAUGUUCAUCUUUGCUGUCAUUGCUGUCCAGCUCUUCAAGGGGAAGUUUUUCUACUGUACUGACAGCUCUAAGGACACGGAGAAAGACUGCAUAGGGAACUAUGUGGACCACGAGAAGAACAAGAUGGAAGUGAAGUGCCGGGAAUGGAAGCGCCACGAAUUUCACUAUGACAAUAUAAUCUGGGCUUUGCUUACCCUGUUUACAGUCUCCACUGGUGAAGGUUGGCCCCAGGUGCUGCAGCAUUCGGUGGAUGUGACGGAGGAGGACCGCGGGCCCAGCCGCAGUAACCGCAUGGAAAUGUCCAUUUUUUAUGUCGUCUAUUUUGUGGUCUUCCCUUUCUUCUUCGUCAACAUUUUUGUGGCUCUCAUCAUCAUCACGUUCCAAGAGCAAGGAGACAAAAUGAUGGAGGAGUGCAGUCUGGAGAAGAAUGAGGUACAAGCCUGGGGCUGGGCAGUUGUAAGAAAGCCAUGGGCCACCUGCCUGUCUAGGCCGUGGAGGAGUGUAGCAGCCACUGUUUGGGGUGCCAUCUCCCCGUCCUUUGAGUACACCAUCAUGGCCAUGAUAGCACUGAACACCGUGGUGCUGAUGAUGAAGUACUAUUCUGCUCCAUACACCUAUGAGCUGGCACUGAAGUACCUGAACAUUGCAUUCACCAUGGUGUUCUCCUUGGAGUGUGUCCUCAAGAUCAUUGCUUUUGGCUUCCUGAAUUAUUUCCGGGACACCUGGAACAUCUUUGACUUCAUCACUGUCAUCGGCAGCAUUACGGAGAUCAUCCUGACGGACACCAAGUUGGUGAACACCAGCAGCUUCAACAUGAGCUUUUUGAAGCUGUUCCGGGCUGCUCGGCUCAUCAAGCUGCUCCGCCAGGGUUACACGAUCCGGAUCCUACUCUGGACUUUUGUGCAGUCCUUCAAGGCGCUCCCGUAUGUCUGCCUCUUGAUUGCGAUGCUUUUUUUCAUCUAUGCGAUCAUUGGGAUGCAGGUCUUUGGGAAUAUCAAGCUCGAUGAGGAAAGCCACAUUAACCGGCACAACAACUUCCGCAGCUUCUUGGGCUCCCUGAUGCUCCUCUUCAGGAGUGCCACAGGGGAGGCCUGGCAGGAGAUCAUGCUGUCCUGCCUGGAGGGCAAGGGCUGCGAGCCAGACACCACGGCGACGUCGGGGCAGAACGAGAACGAGCGCUGCGGCACUGAUCUCGCCUACGUUUACUUCGUCUCCUUCAUCUUCUUUUGCUCUUUCCUGAUGCUUAACCUAUUUGUGGCGGUCAUCAUGGACAAUUUUGAAUACCUGACUCGGGAUUCUUCCAUCCUGGGACCUCACCAUCUAGAUGAGUUUGUACGGAUCUGGGCAGAGUAUGACAGAGCAGCGUGUGGCCGAAUCCAUUACACUGAGAUGUAUGAAAUGCUGACUCUUAUGUCACCACCGCUAGGCCUCGGCAAGAGAUGUCCUUCCAAAGUGGCCUAUAAGAGACUGGUGCUGAUGAACAUGCCCGUAGCUGAGGACAUGACAGUCCACUUCACCUCCACCUUGAUGGCGCUCAUACGCACGGCCCUGGACAUCAAAAUUGCCAAAGGUGGUGCCGACUGGCAGCAGCUGGACUCCGAGCUUCAAAAGGAGAUCCUGACCAUUUGGCCUCAUCUGUCACAGAAAGUGCUUGACCUGUUGGUACCUAUGCCAAAAACCUCUGACCUGACUGUUGGCAAAAUAUAUGCAGCCAUGAUGAUCAUGGAUUACUACAAGCAGAGCAAAGCGAAAAAGCAGAGGCAGCAGCUGGAGGAACAGAAAAAUGCUCCAAUGUUCCAGCGCAUGGAGCCUUCCUCCUUGCCACAAGAAAUCAUCUCAAAUGCGAAGGCUCUGCCUUAUCUGCAGCAGGACACCCUCUCGGGCCUGAGCAGCCGCAGUGGGUUCCCCUCGCUGAGCCCGCUCUCGCCGCAGGAGAUUUUCCAGCUGGCAUGCAUGGAUUCGGCACAUGGGCAGUACCAGGAGCACCAGUCCCUGGAGCCAGAGGUUAGGGAAUUUCAGAGAGUGCAGCCCUCUAACCGUGGCAACUACCUUCCCGUGGACACUCAGGACCACGCUGUAUCUGGGAGGGCCGCCUCCAUGCCUCGUCUCACUGUGGAUCCCCAGGUGGUCACAGACACUAGCUCCAUGCGGCGAUCGUUCUCCACCAUCCGGGACAAGCGCACCAACAGCUCCUGGCUGGACGAGUUCUCCAUGGCUCCCCGGCGGUGCCGCUACCUCUCCUCGCUCCAGCUCUCGGCCCGGCGCCUCAACGCCGACUCGGGCCACCGGUCCGACGGCCACCGCUCGGGUGGCAGGGAGCGGGGGCGAUCCAAAGAGCGCAAGCACCUGCUGUCCCCGGACAUCUCCCGCUGCAACUCGGAGGAGAGGAGGCCCCAGGCGCAUGACGAACCUCCGGAGGGCCGGUCACCCAGCGAGGGCAGGUCACAGACACCCAACAGGCAGGGAACGGGCUCCUUGAGCGAAAGCUCCAUCCCCUCCAUGUCGGACACCAGCACCCCCCGGCGAGGCCGCCCCUCGGCGCCGCCGCUGCGGCACAGCUGGCAGAUGCCCAACGGGCACUACCGGCGGAGGCGGCGAGGGGCCGGGCAGGGCGUGAUGUGUGGGGCCAGCAUCGACGUGCUCAGCGACACCGAGGAAGACGACAAGUGCUAGAAGGCGCCCUCGCCGCGGCCCCCCCGCCGUCCUGCCCUCUCCAAUGCAUGCUCUUCGCCACGCCUGGGAAUGAAACAGAACCAAAAUCAAACGCAGGGGAAACG